AUGGCCGAGGAGAAGACCUUUCGCUAUGGGUUCAUCAUGCUGGGUUUCUUCCUGGUGAUGACGGGCAUGUUCAUCAUGAGCGUGGAAAAACCCCAGAUCUACAUCACCUUCUGCGCCCUGGGCGUCCUGCUCGUAGCCGUGGGCAUCAUCUGGAGCAUGUGCCAGUGCUACCCGAAGAUAACGUUCAUCCCUGUAGACCUUGAGGCCGAGAGGUUCCUGGACCACAAACCCAUCGUGCUGCCGGAGAGGGACACCCGCUUGACUGUACCCUGUCCCAGCCAAGAGGCCACCAGCACCUACGAGAAAAGCCUGCCGUCCUAUGAGCAGAUCCAGAGGCAGGAGGUGGGCUUGGAGCAGCUCCCACCCACCCCCCAGCCCAGACCCCGCAGCUGCUCCCAGCCGGCCCUGCAGGCGAAAGCAGAGGUUCACCGGGAGCUGGGGGGUGCCGGGGACCCCCCCCGAGAGACAGCACCUCGGCUGGAAGGAGCAGCAAACAGCCCCUCCCGGCCAGCCCGGGGGGAUGCGCCGCUGGCAUCCCUCCUGGAGGACAUGGACACGCCAUCGCUGGAGGGCUCCGUGCCCAGCAGCCCCGUGCCACGGGUCCGAUCCCCACCAUCUGCUGCUCGCUCUGGUUCCACCCCGACCAGCUCCCCGGCGGGGGGACAGCACCCCGGUUCCCCCUGCAAAGGCACCAGGAAGGAAGACGACCUCUAUUAUGGGCUCCAAGAGGGGACGGAUACGGUCCUUGAGGAUAGCGACUGCCUCUUUGAGCCUGAAAACUGAUUUCCUAGAGAC